UAAAAAUGUGAUCUUAAUACACCAGAAGCAGAACAUACGUUUAAAAUCAGCACCAGACAUAUGUCAAUGUUAAUAAGAUGUCAUCAGUAAAAAUAAAGUCAAAUAAAAAAACGCAAGAACGUCAAAGUGAUUGGUGGGAUGAUUUUGUCAAAGGAAAUUACAACAAUGAACAAUGUCUGAAACAUCUUAAAUGCUCAAGAAAGACUUAUUUAUUUUUAGUCAAUUUUUUAAUGCCAUAUACAAAACCAAAAAUAGGAGCAUCCAAUGACAAUGAUAUUUAUUUACGCAAGGGUGUUGAGGUCGAAAAACAGGUGGCCGUUUUACUUUUCAAAUUAACAACCAAUGCGGAUUACAUCACUAUUUCUAAAAAAUUUAAAAUCCACAAGACAACGAUCCACAAGAUUAUUUAUAAAUGUGUAACAGCGUUGAAUAAAUAUCUGCUACACGACGUUAUUAGUAUGCCAAAGAAAGAAGAAGUUGAAUUUAUGGCCAAAGAUUAUGAGUGUUCCUACAAGAUACCACAAAUAAUUGGAACAAUGACGAUUGUUCACAUACCCAUAUCAUCGCCGCUACUUUUGAAUUAUCAGUUUUUGAAUGCACGCCUUUAUGCGUCAUUCGUAUUGCAAAGUGUUGUGGAUUCUAACAACUUUUUUAGAGAUGUCAGCGUUCGACAUGCUGGUGCUGCUGAGCUUCAUACCGUUCUUGCCGAUUCAAAUAUUUACAAAUAUUGGAAAAAAGUCAUACCACCCGCAAAAAGUAACUUUAAUGGCACGAAUGUAUCCUACAAAAUUGUCGGUCCAGCACAAGGACCAUUAUUUUCGUGGUUGUUGAAUAAUUACAGCCCACCCGCGACGAUUUCUGAUUUAUUUUUUAAUACAAAGCUCGAGGAAAUUCGUGCGCACGCGAAUUCAGUAAUCACGAGGUUGAGAUCACGGUUUUCCAUUCUUAGUCAGCCAAUGGACUUAAGUUACAAGGUGGCGCCGCAAAUAAUCGCAGUUUGUUGCAUAAUACACAACAUAUGCGAGAAAAAUAAUGAUAUAUUUCUGGAAGAAUGGCAGGAUGAAUGCAAAGCAUUUUUGAAGAAGUACCCGCAACCGGGUAUGAAUGCCGAAUGGGAGCAGCCAAGUGAUAAAGUUCGGGAGGAGCGUGAUGCGCUCAGGGAUUACGCUAAUAAUCAGGAUAACAAUGCAGAACCAACGGAAGACUUAUUGGAGGCAGCUUUAAAUGCAGCAAUAUUGGAUUCUGUUGACGAUGUUACUCAUUUCGAUUCAAUAUUGCACUGAUUUUCGUCUUUUUAUAUCCGUCCUAGUCAUUUUUAGGAUAUUGAAGUAUGGCAUUUACACCAAAAAUCCUGAAUAACCAAAGAUCUAAUGCAAUCUAAGGCAAUAAUGCAUUUUUUAAUAAUUCGUCGUUUUGAGAAUAUUCUGUAUGGCCAGCAGAAUCGUUUUUAUAAUGCCAUUAUUUAUUUCUGUUUUUAUUGUUCUAGUCUUAGUUUUUGUGAGUGUUUAUACAAUAUUUAGGCACGACUGCUUCAUAGUAGGAGUCUCGUACAUUUUAGCCACAGAAAAAAGUGGUUAACCCAAACCACUCAUAAAUCAUCUAUUUUUUUGGUAUAAAACAAAUUUGAAAUCUCAUAUGGAUAUGUUUUUAGUAUUACAAAGAAUGUGAAUUAGUGCAUGUCCAU